AUGCUGCUUGGAUAUAAGAAAUACAGCGCCCACAUGGGGAUCAACAGCUGGCAGAGCCUUUCUCCUUUUCCUGGCCCCGAAUUUUCAUCUUCCUCGCAUGGAACAAGCAAGCACAAGGCUGAAAACGAUAUCCCUUCCCUUCAGAAAGCUGCUUCUUAA